CAUAUUAUUACACCACACCCAGUUCAGAAAUGAAAAAGAAGCAAAAACUCCAUGGAUAAUUGAGCCUUCUCAAAACUAGCCCUUCUUUUUUCUUGUCAUUCUCUUUAAACCGAAUUGUUUUUUUAAAGGCUUAGAAAGCAGAAAAGUAUGGGGUUUGAUCUUGAAUCUGUUGCAGAGGCAACAUCAGGAGCUGUUGGAGCUCUGGUUAGCACCACCCUCUUGUACCCACUUGACACCUGCAAGACUAAAUAUCAAGCCGAAGUUCGAGCUUUCAAUCAACAAAAAUACAGGAAUAUUUCUGAUGUUUUCUGGGAAGCGAUUUCAACACUUCAGGUGCUUUCGUUGUACCAGGGGCUUGGAACAAAGAAUUUCCAAUCAUUCAUUUCGCAGUUUAUCUACUUCUAUGGAUACAGCUUCUUCAAGAGGUUGUACUUGCGAAAAACGGGAAAGAAAACAAUUGGAGCUAAAGCAAACUUGAUUGUUGCUGCAGCUGCUGGGGCUUGUACAGUUGUGGUAACACAGCCUUUGGAUACAGCAUCCUCAAGGAUGCAAACAAGUGAGUUCGGAAAAUCCAAAGGACUUUUGAAGACCCUUUCAGAGGGCACUUGGAAAGAGGCAUUUAAUGGUCUUGGCAUAUCUCUUCUUUUGACAUCCAACCCUUCUAUCCAGUACACCGUGUUUGAUCAGUUGAAACAAAGACUACUGACGAGACAGGGUAGUCGAAAAACAGGUAUAGCAUCAUCCCCAGAAGCUCUUCCUGCGUUUUCUGCUUUCCUGUUGGGUGCCGUCUCAAAGUGUGUCGCUACCGUCUUGACAUACCCAGCUAUCAGGUGCAAGGUCAUGAUUCAAGCUGCAGAGUCGGAUGAAGACGGAAAAACUGAAGCUGACAAAAAAUCCCAAAAGACAAUUUCAGGUGCACUUUUCGCCAUUUGGAAAAGAGAAGGUCCGCUGGGUUUCUUCAAAGGGUUACAGGCUCAGAUACUAAAGACUGUGCUAAGCUCAGCUUUGCAUUUGAUGAUAAAGGAAAAGAUCACAAAGACCACAUGGAUUAUACUCCUUGCACUCAAAAGGUUUGUAUUUGUCAAGCGUGUUAGAUUAAAGGCCGCUUGAAUAAGUGCUCGUCACGAAAAGCUCCAUCGAAGUUGUCCGCAUUUGGAGGAGAUUUAUGUUGCUCCAUCGAAUGGUGGAUGCUAAAGGUUAAAUUCUAGUAUCAAGAAAUAAGACAGGAAUCGUAGCACAAGGUUUUUUCGUCUCUGCAUUUUUUUUUUUUUUUUUUGAAU